AGGGGGGCAUGUGAUUUCCUCGUUCUUUUUUGUUGUGGUUUUCCCCUCAUUCCUUUUUUCCUUACAUCUACUUGCAUCUCUCAUCGCGAUUCUAUCAGCGCUGCUGUCUUCUUUCUACUGUUGGUUUUCUUUACUACAAUUGCUAGUUUCGUCUGAUUUGUGAUUUUCACGUCACUAUGUCUGAUCAACCCGCUGCUGCUCCUACAGCUGAGCCGGUGUCUGCUCCCGCGCCUGCUGUUGCUCCUGCUGUUGCUCCUGCUGCGGAGAAGGUUCCCGAGAGCCAGCCUGAGCAGAAGCCUGAAGACGAGGCCCAGCCCGAAAAGCCCACCUACCUGAAGAACAACGCCGCGCUAUCGCAGUUCUUCGACCGUCUCCCUGAGAUCCUCAAGAAUGCUGACUACAGCGAGAUGUGGGGUGUCACCCUCCAGGAGGACUCAGCGCACGUCCCCACGAUCAACAUCCUGAUCAAGUACCUGCGUGCCAACGAGGGGAAUGUCAAGUUGGCGGAGGGGCAGCUGGUCAAGGCGCUGAAGUGGCGUAAGAGUACGGAUCCGGUUGCGUUGGCGGAGAGUGGUGUUUAUGAUGCGGGCAAGUUUGCGGGUUUGGGGUAUUUGACUAAUUAUACCGGCGCGGAUGAGAAGGAGACGGUUGUUACUUGGAAUAUUUAUGGUGCGGUUAAGGAUUUGGGUCAUGCUUUUGGUGAUUUGGAUGAGUUCAUCAAGUGGCGUGUCGCUCUUAUGGAGCUGGCCGUCAAGGACCUCAAGCUUGGCGAGGCGACUGCUGUCAUCGACUACGAUGGCGAAGACCCCUACCAGAUGAUCCAGGUCCACGACUACCUAAACGUCAGCUUCCUGCGCAUGAACCCCAAGGUCAAGGCCGCCACCAAGAAGACCAUCGACAUCUUCACCACUGGCUACCCGGAGCUGCUUCGCGAGAAGUUCUUCGUCAACGUCCCUGCUAUCAUGGGCUGGAUGUUUUCUGCCAUGAAGGUCUUUCUGAGCAAGAACACCACUCGCAAGUUCCACCCCAUCUCCAACGGAGCGAACUUGGCUCGCGAGUUCCCGGGUCUGGCCGACAAGCUCCCUGCUGCGUAUGGCGGUAAGGGCUCUGAGUUGCAGAGCACUGCUCGCACUGUGAACCUUACUUCUGAAGCUCCCAAAGAGGCCCCCAAGGAGGAACCCAAGGAGGAACCCAAGGAAGCCGGAGAAGCGCCCAAGGAGCAGCCCAAGGAGGAAUCCAAAGAAUCUGCUAAGACCGAGACGACUGAAACGCCUGCUACCACCGCUGCCUAGAUGUCUAUUGAUACUGGUGGCUGUGGCCUUGAUUGAUUUGCAUUGGAGGAUUUUGAUACCCGAGAACGGUAGAUGAUGGACAGGAUCUGGACAUUGGUUGUUGGCAUUUGAUACCUCGUCGCGUUUUACUAUACUUAAUCUUAGUAUUUUAAUAAUAAUAUCUCUUCUCUUA